AUGAGAAAUACAGAGCUUAUCUUCAUCCCAGCACCGACUCUUGGCCAUCUUGUUCCGUUUCUUGAAUUAGCUAAGCGACUCAUUGACCAGGAUGAUAGGAUCCGUAUCACCAUCCUCUUGAUGAAGCUACAAGGUCAGUCUCAUCUGGAUACUUAUGUUGAGUCAAUUGCGUCGUCUCAGCCCUUUGUUAGAUUCAUUGAUGUCCCUGAGUUAGAAGAGAAACCAACACUAAACAAUGUUGUGGAGAAAAAUAUUCCUCUUGUGAGACAUAUAAUCAUGGGUAUGUUAUCUUCUCCUGAACUGGAUGGAGUUACAGUCAAGGGUGUAGUUGCUGAUUUUUUCUGUCUCCCCAUGAUCGACAUCAUAAAAGAUCUAGGUCUAUCUUUUUAUGUGUUCUUGACGACGAAUUCCGGUUUCUUAGCUAUGAUGCAGUAUCUAGCUGAUAGACAUAGUAAAGAUCCCUCGGUUUUCGUUAGAGAUUCUGAAGAAAUGUUGUCGAUUCCUGGCUUUGCAAACCCUGUUCCAGCAAAAGUUCUUCCUGCAGCUCUGUUUCUUGAAGACGAUUAUGAAACUUUUGUUAAACUUGGAAUCUUGUUUACCAAGGCAAAUGGAAUCCUAGUGAAUAGCUCGUUUGAUAUUGAGCCUUACUCUGUGAGUUAUUUUCUUAAUGAACAUGAUUACCCUUCUGUUUAUGCUGUUGGCCCCAUAUUUGGCUUGAAGGCGCAGCCUCAUGCAGACCAGGACCUUGCUCGUCGAGACGAGUUGAUGAAAUGGCUUGAUGAUCAGCCUGAGGCAUCGGUUGUAUUCCUUUGUUUUGGGAGUAUGGGUGGGUUAAGAGGUCGUCUAGUGAAGGAAAUAACUCGUGGACUUGAGCUUUGUCAGUCCAGGUUCCUCUGGUCACUCCGCACUGAUGAGGUGACAAACGAUGAUGAUCUCUUGCCGGAGGGAUUCAUUGACCGCGUCAAGGGACGCGGAAUGGUAUGCGGUUGGUCUUCUCAGGUGGAGAUAUUGGCCCACAAGGCAGUGGGAGGUUUUGUGUCGCACUGUGGAUGGAACUCAAUAGUUGAGAGUUUGUGGUUUGGUGUGCCUAUAGUGACAUGGCCAAUGUAUGCAGAGCAACAGCUCAACGCGUUUCUGAUGGUUAAGGAACUGAAGCUAGCAGUGGAGAUGAGGCUUGAUUACAGGAUUGAUAGUGAUGAGCUUGUAAGUGGAAACGAGAUUGAGACUGCGAUUCGCUGUGUAAUGGACAAAGAUAAUAAUUUGGUGAGGAAGAGAGUGAUGGAUGUCUCUCAGAUGGCUCGGAAAGCUAUGUUGCCUGGUGGAUCUUCGUAUUUGGCUACUGAGAAAUUCAUACAAGACGUUAUUGGACACAAGGCUUAA